UAGAUGAAUCUGCCAUCAUCCACAUUCCAUUCUAUGCAUCCUUCCCUUUGUUCACUGAUCCAAUGAUGUCAAACUAAUCAUUUCUUCGGGCGAUGGCAUGGUAUAAAGACACAGGAGCCCAUUCUAUCCCCUAGAACAAACUUGCCUUUCCCAUUUCACAACUUGAAGAUGUCUGCUUCAACGCCACAAAUAUCAACAUCACUUGGAAAUUAUAGCUUUACGCAUAAUCCACCAACCCACCAAUGUAACCAACACAAUAAAAACAUCAACUUCGGCUCUAGUCCUCCGGCAAUGGGAAGCAACCAAUGCGCAUUCCAAAUGCUGGGUCCAAACGACUCCAGUUCGUCCGCGUCCUCGCAACACAUUGCAACCAUGUCGGAUAUGCAUGCCAUCGCCCCUAUGAUAGCAAAUUCCGACGUUCUCCUAUGGAUGUCAGAUAGUCCACUGAGAGGUGCCAGGUCCAGCGCCUCGAGUCUUCCAGCGAUGGGAGGGGUGUACUUGUCUCCACAUGCACUCCCAACGCUAGGACCAAUCGGCCACACUUCACCCCAGGCCAUGUCCUCGCAACGCAGUAUGACCGCCUCGGAUGCACGUUCCAUCAUACCUAUGAUGGCAAACUCUAAUGCUACCUCAUGGAUACCAGUCAAUUUUAGGACUGCUGCCUCAGAUGACUGGUCGCAAUAUCUCCACAAUCCAGGAGGUGCCAGGUCGGAGGCCCCAAGUCAUCCAGUAAUGGGAAGGGUCUACUUGUCUCCACACGCAUUCCAAAUAACCAAUCGGCCAUACUUCACCCGUGUCCUCGCAAUGUGGAAUGUCCGCCCUGGAUAUACAUUCUGUCGUCCCUAUGAUGGCAAACCCCAGUACUAUCUCGUGGGCACCAGACAAUCUCAGGACUGCUGUCUCACAUGGCCCCUCGCAAAGUGUGCCAUGUGUUCAAGAUCUAGGAGGCGUGAACUCCAGUUUUCAGUUCCCUCCGGCCCAGUUGGAACUGUCAAUUAACCAGCCAUCUCCCCUCCUCUGCCAGUGGGUAUGUAGCGAUGUACCCUGCGGACAUGAAGGAACCUUGGAGGAUUUAAAACAGCAUUGGCACGACAACCAUCUUCCUGGAUUCCCAGGUGCGAUGAUCCAAUGCCAAUGGAAACACUGCAACUAUCACAAGCGAG